AUGUAUGCGGCCAACGGUCUGUAUGUCGUGCAGGGAGAGCUGUCGACUUUAAUAUCGGCGUUAAAAAGAGAUCACAAUUCGUAUCAAGAUGAAGAAAGGUAUUCUCCAUGUAAAAGAUUGUUCAAAUUAAGAGAUGCUAUUAAUCAAGUGGAAGAUUUAAUGUCCCUCAAUUUUGAUCAUGUUAUGGAACCAUUUUUGGAUGUAAUACGGUGUGAAGAGAUUACUGGCCCAGUAACAAGUUUAGCAUUGAUGUCAAUCUAUAAGUUUAUAAAUUAUGGACUAAUAAAAAAAUGUGUUCCUGAGUCAAAGUUAUUGACGACUGUAGAAAAUAUUGCAGAUGCAAUUACUCACACUAGAUUUUUGGGAACUGAAAAAACUAGUGAUGCUAUAGUAUUAAUGAAAACUUUACAAGUUUUAUAUUGCUUAAUGAUGUCGCCCGAAGGCGAAUUUCUUCCAAAUGAAAGUGUUUGUGAGAUUAUGAUGAGCUGUUUUCGUUUUUGUUUUGAAGUUAGACUAAGUGAAUUUGUACGAUCCUAUGCUGAACAUUGCUUGAAAGAUAUUAUUCAACUUCUUUUUUCAAGAUUAGUUACAUUAAGUAAAGAACUGGGAAAUUCUUCAAAAGUAUUAGGACUCAACAUGAAGAAUUAUGGUGACCCUCUAAGUAAUUGUAAUGAUAAUGUGGAAAAUACAGUAGAUACAGUUAAUUCAAGCAAUGAAACACCACUACCUGAAGAAUCAACUUUACCUCAAUGUGAUGCGAAUGUCCUGAUUGAAACAUCAAAACUAGACAUAGACAAUGAAAAAGAAACCUUGCCUGGUAAAGAAUUACCGACUGAUGAAUUACCAUUACUAAACAAUGAAACUGACCCAGAUUCAAUCAAUGAGACACCAGUAGAUGAUGAUAAUAAAGAAUACGUGAAUGGUCAAGGAGUAAGAUUUACGACCCAAAUACCUAUACCUUACACUAAAGUUCCAUACAAUAGUGGCUGUGUUUUGGAGCUUAUUAAGUUUCUUGUAGAUGCUUGUGAUCCACAUGAUCAGCAAAAUACUGAAGUAAUGAUUGGUGUUGGGCUCAAUCUUUUGGUCAUUGCUUUUGAAGUUGGAGCAUAUGCCAUUAAAUGCCACGUUAACAUGCAUUCCAUUAUAAAAGACCAACUAUGUCGUAAUAUUCUUUCUCUCUUGUCUCAUGAGAAAAUGCCAAUAUUCAGUUCAAGUCUUAGACUUGCUUUCUUAGUGUUUGAAUCUAUGCGUCAACAUUUAAAAUUUCAACUGGAAUACUAUUUGACCAAUUUAAUAAACAUAGUGGUUAAUGAAAAUUCUAAAAUUCCAUAUGGUAAAAAAGAAAUGGCACUAAAAUGUCUUGUCCAACUAUGGAAAAUUCCCGGAUUGGUCACGGAACUUUAUUUAAAUUAUGAUUGUGGACUGUAUUGUUCAGAUUUGUAUGAUGAUAUUACUAAAUUAUUAUCUAAAAAUGUUUUUCCAUUCAAUGAUAUCUACAGCACUCAUUUACUAUCAAUGGAUGCUCUUUUGGCCGUGGUUGAUUCAAUUGAACGUCAUUGUCAUAAUCGUACGCAAUUCACUCAAAAGUCAGAAAGCAGUUCAACAUAUGAUGUAUCUGAAGAUCAAAAAUCAGAAUCUGAAAUUAACUUAGAUCGUUGGCAACCCGACUUCUCAAUUAAUAUUCCUAGUCAUGAAGAAUUAAUGGCCAUAAAAAGAAAGAAAAAGCUACUUACUUCGGGUACAGAGAAAUUCAAUACAAAACCAAAGAAAGGUAUAGAGUUUUUACAAGAACACGGUCUUUUAUCAACACCAUUGAAUCCAAUUGAGAUUGCUACAUUUUUGAAGGAAAAUCCUCUUUUGGAUAAAAAAAUGAUCGGGGAGUAUAUAAGCAACAGAAACAACGUGGAUGUUCUAAAUAGUUUUAUCAAUUCUUUUGAUUUAUGUGGUACACGUGUUGAUGAAGCACUUCGAAUGUAUCUUGAAGCAUUUCGACUACCUGGAGAAUCUCCUCUAAUAUCAUUUGUAUUAGAACCAUUUACAGAAUAUUGGCAUAAAUGUAAUGGAGAACCUUUUGCAAAUGCAGAAUGUGCUUUUUUAUUAGCAUAUGCAAUUAUUAUGCUAAAUGUCGACCAACACAAUCAAAAUGUAAGACGGAUAGAUCAACCAAUGACAACAGAUUCAUUUAAACGCAAUUUAAAAAAAUUGAAUGGUGGCGAAGAUUUUGAUCACCCAAUGUUAGAAGAAAUAUAUAAAGAAAUCAAGUAA